AAAUACUUUAUGUGCAAUUCGGAAAUCGUCAACAGUGUUGCCGUAGACGUUAAUGGUCACUGAACGUUCCCAAACCGAGAUCUAAAAACUUAGGUCGACUAAAAGACAAAAUUAAUCCUUUGAGACCGUUUAUCAUUUUUAAAAAUUCUUAAUAUAUUUAAGUAUAAAAAAGACAUUAACUCCGUUAAAACUAUGAAUCGAAACCUGUUAUUUUUUUCGUUUUUUACUCUGGUCUGUCUAGUCCUUGACGGUACUCAAGCCGAUGACAACAAUCCAGAAGCUUGCGAGACUUUACCAUCUGAUCUGCACAUAACUAAAGAGGAAUUCGACGAAUUGGGCAGAUUGCAGAGGACGUGCAACGGCGACAUAGCAGUGAACAAGUGCGAGGGUGCAUGUAGCUCUCAAGUACAGCCUAGUGUCAUAACACCAAGUGGUUUCUUAAAAGAGUGUUACUGCUGCCGUGAAACGUUCUUAAGGGAAAGGGUAAUCACAUUAACCCACUGUUACGAUCCGGACGGUCAACGACUGACCAGUGACAAAUUGGCCACGUUGGAUGUGAAACUGAAAGAACCAGCGGACUGCAAGUGCUACAAAUGUGGCGAUUACUCGGGCUGAAACAUACGGGCAUCUUAUUUAAAUUAAAUAACCGUUUUUAACUUUCCGGACACAUUUAGUUUAUAAUGUUUUUGUAAUACACCGUUGACUUAACCACUUGACACUUGUAUCUCCUGUAUCUGUGUAUUCACAUAACGUGUAUUUACAAAUUAUAGCAAUAUAUAUUGUAUCACUCGUGCAA